AAUCAGUUUUAUCAUCACUCACAUAUGUCCUGAAAUUUGUUGUUUUUGUGGCAGCAGUACAGUGUAAUACGCUAAAUUACUACAGUAAUGUGCAAAUAUCUUAGGCACCCUAGCUAAAUCUACAUGCUUUUGCACAGUACUGUAUUGCAGUGAUGACAUACACCAGAUAUUCUGCAGAUGCAGGGAACCUUGAGCAACACACACAAAAUGCUGGAGGAACUUAGUCAAUCAGGAGAUGCCGAGCAGGUAGGGACUAUAUUCAUCAAGUGUAGGAUAGGGGGUAAUCUUAUAGAAGUGUAUAAAAUUGAAGGGCAAAGCUAGAGUGAAGGUUACAGUCUUUACCCAGGGUUGGGGAAUCGAGAACUAGAGAUGAUAGAUUUAAGGUGAGGGGAAAGAUUUGAAAGACACUUGAAGGCACCUUUUUUUUUACCCAAAGGGUGGUAUCUAGGUGAAAGGAGCUGCCUGAGGAGGUGGUUGAGGCAUUUAGACGGCAUUUGGAUAGGUACAUGGACAGGAAAAAGUUUAGGGGGUUAUGAGCCAAAGCUGGGCUCAGAUGAGUAUCUUGCUGCACAUGCACCAGUUGGGCAGUAGGGCCAGUUUCUAUGCUGUAUCAUUCCAAGACAGGGGCUUCCCAACAUUUUAGUAUGCCAUGGACCAAUAAGAUUAAACAAGAGGUCCUUGGACCCCAGGUUGGGAACCACUGCUCUAAGAAGACCUGAAAACAUUUACUCUUUUCCAUAGAUGCCGCCUGACGUGCUGAGUUCCUCCAGCAUUUUGUGUGUGUGUGGCUCUGGAUUCCCAGCAUCGGCGGAAUCUCUUGUGUUUUUGGUCAUAACCCUACUGCGUAGCUUUCCCCCGCUCUUCUACAGCCCUACAAUGGUUGGUUCCGAAGUCACAGAAGGCGCUAUAUAAACGCACUCUCUGGACAGCUGAGAAGACGAGUCAGAGAUUCCGCAGAGCUGAUCAAUAGAAACGGGAGCCAGUCCAUAAUCAGCUUCACAUGGGCCGUGACUGACCGCAUUGGCGCACUCUCGCUCUGUAGCAGAAGUCAAGGCGGCGCCUCGGUGCUGGUGGGAGGCGGGGGGAAACGGAGAGAGCGAGGAGAGCCAUAACGCUGAAGGCGAGGGUGGGUGGCAACCGUUUAAGGGAGAAAGAGAGAACGAGGUGGGUGGGGAGAGAGUGAGAGAGAAAGUCACAGAUAGAGAGAGGAGGACGGAAAAAGCCGGAGGGAGAGAGACCCAAGAGGAGGGGGACAGAGAAAACGGAGAGCGUAGGGAAAAAGUUGGGAGAUAGGCAGAUAGUGGGGAAAAUAAAGAAAGAGAGGCAGAGGGGAGAUAGUGAUAGCAAGAUAGAGAAUCAGAAAUUGAGCAAAGAGAGAGAGUGGGAGCAAUAAAAGGGAAUAGAAAGAGGAAGCGAAAAAGAGAACGAGGCAAGGAAGAAAUAGAAGGAAAGAGGUAGAGGGGAAAAGAGAGAGUGAUCGAGAGUGGAUAGAUAGAGAGGGAGGGGCGGAGGCAGGAGCUAGUUAAAGGGAGAGGGAGGGAGGGGUGGGGCAAGACCGACUCCGGGUCCAGGAGCGGAUGAGAGACAAUUACUGGACGCCUGACCCUCCCGGCUCGCCCCGGCCGCUCUCAGGAUGCUGCGGGUGUUCGUUCUGUGCGCCGAGCGGCUGCAGAUUAUCGAACAGGACAUCAGCGACGCGUACUGCGGGGUGACAUUUCAGGGUGUAAAGAAGAAGACCAAAGUCAUCAAGAACAACUUGAAUCCUGUGUGGAAUGAGGGCUUCGAAUGGGACUUGAAAGGAACUCCGCUGGAUUCAAGUUCUGAGAUCCACGUGGUGGUGAAAGACCAUGAAACCAUGGGCAGAAACAGGUUUCUGGGAGAAGUCCACACCACCCUCAACGAUGUGCUCAGCUCCCCACACUUGAUGGCCAACUACAAUCUGGCAUUGCUGGACACGAAGAAACAGAGCACUGGGGCCACCGUAGUUCUACAGGUUUCGUACAUCCCACCUCCGGGGGCUGUACCCUUAAUGCCCCCACCUGCUCAGCCUGAGUUGCCAGUGACAACGGGGUCUCCUGAUACAGACACUCUCACUGACACUGCUGGCGAGGGAGACGAGGAAACGGAAGAUCCUCUGGCCACGGGCGAUGAAGUCGAACCCUCACCUGGGACCCCGGGUGUUGAGCCUCCCAGCUUGCCAAAGAAACCGUCAACCAGUGUGGUCCACGGGGUGAAGAAAAGGAAACGGGCGAGCAAACAACUGCUCCCGAACAAGCCCCAGGAUAUCCAGGUUAGAGUACACGUGGCUGAAGGGCGCCAGAUCCCAGGCAUCAACAUCAGGCCUGUGGUUAAAGUGACGGCUGCCGGGCAGACAAAGACUACACGGAUCCGGAAAGGCAACAACCCAGUCUUCGAUGAGACUUUUUUCUUCAACUUCUACGACACUCCAUCUGAACUUUUUGAUGAGCCAAUAUUCAUCAUGGUCUACAACUCCCACACUCUGCGUACAGACUCUGUGAUCGGGGAGUUCAAGAUGGAUAUCGGGACGGUUUACUCUGAGCCGAAACACGCUUUUCUCAGGAAGUGGCUCCUUCUCUCCGACCCCGAUGACCUGGCUGCGGGUGCCAAAGGUUACUUGAAGGUCAACCUCAUCGUGCUUGCCACUGGUGAUGAAGCACCCCUGGAGAAGAAGGAUGCUUCUGAUGACAAAGAGGACAUCGAGGUGAACCUUCUCCGGCCCAAUGGAGUCUCACUGCGGAGUGCCUACUUCAUGCUGAAGGUUUACCGAGCAGAAGACCUCCCACAGAUGGAUGAUGCUGUAAUCGACAGUGUGAAACAGAUCUUUGGAUUUGAUAGCAACAGGAAAAACCUUGUCGACCCAUUUGUGGAAGUGAGCUUUGCCGGAAAAAUGAUCUGCAGUAAGAUCAUUGAGAAGAACGCUAACCCUCAGUGGAACCAGAGCCUCGUGCUACCAAUUAGGUUUCCUUCCAUGUGUGAGAAAAUGAGGAUUCGCCUCACAGACUGGGAUCGUCUCUCUCACAACGAUGUGAUUGGCACCACCUAUCUGUGUAUGUCAAAAAUCUCAGCCCCCGGUGGAGAGAUCGAAGAUGUUACCCCAGCGAAGGCUGAAUCCAUCCAUGGCUUUGAUGAUGGUCUGGGGUAUCUGCCCACCUUUGGGCCCUGCUUCGUGAACCUAUACGGCAGCCCACGAGAGUUCACGGGCUUCCCCGACCCCUAUUCAGACAUGAACCUUGGAAAGGGUGAGUCGAUGGCCUACCGAGGAAGGGUCCUGCUGGAAUUGAGCACCAAGUUGGUGGAACGAGCUGAACAGAAGAUCGAAGAAAUUCCCUCAGAGGAGCUUCUGAGGCUUGAGAAACACCUUCGCCGUCGCAAGUUCCACCUCUGUGCCGUCUUCUACUCUGCCACCAUGCUGCAGGAGGUGAGCGACGCCAUCCAGUUCGAGGUCAGCAUCGGUAACUAUGGCAACAAGUUUGACGCCACAUGCCUCCCCCUGGCCUCCACCACCCAGUACAGCCGGGCUGUGUUUGAUGGUUGCCAUUAUUACUUCCUGCCGUGGGGGAAUGUGAAGCCGGUGGUGGUGUUAUCGUCCUACUGGGAAGACAUCAGUCACAGGACCGAUGCCCUCAACACCUUGUUCUAUGCUGUACACAGACUGGAAUCCGGCCUGGAAAUGGCCCACCUCGCCAUCAAAGCCAAGAGCCCCGAGAGUGAAGUGGAGGCCAGAGUGAUGGAGAUGAUUGACAACGUAAUCACUGACUGCAGCCUGCCCUUGCCCGAAGUCUCAAAGGUCCCGUCUGCCACCUGCCUCGACGGUCACAUCCAUCGGUUCCGCUCUAGCAACCUGAGUCAGAUCCGACAGAUGGCCGAGACCCUGAAGCACCAGGAUCGGCUGGAGCUGCAGCCUGUCCUGGAGCAGGCAGAAGACUGGCUCGAGCGACUCAGGUCCAUGGCUGAAGAGCCGCAGAACAGCCUGCCUGACAUUAUCAUCUGGAUGCUCCAAGGUGACCGGCGAAUUGCCUAUCACCGCAUCCCGGCCCACGAGGUGCUGUACUCCAGGAGAAGCCCAGUCUGCCAUGGGAGGCACUGCGGUGCCCUUCAGACCAUCUACAUGAAGUACCCACGAGGCGAUUCGAAGAUUGGCAAGAUCCCGGCCCAGGUGCGAGUGAGGAUCUGGUUUGGAAUGGCCACUGACAACAAGGAAUUCAAGCAGUUCACCGAGGGCAAGCUGUCCGUCUUCGCUGAAACUUACGAGAAUCAGACGAAGCUGGCCCUGGUGGGAAACUGGGGCACCACGGGCCUCACUUACCCCAAGUACACGGACGUCACUGGAAAGAUCAAGCUGCCCAAGGAAUCCUUCCGACCUUCGCUGGGCUGGGCUUGGGCUGGGGACUGGGUCAUUAGCCCUGAGAAAACUUUGCUGUACGAUGUUGAUGCUGGUCACAUGAACUUUGUCGAGGAGGUGUUUGAGAACCAGAUGCGGUUACCGGGUGGACAGUGGAUUCAGAUGACUGACACCUACACGGACAUCAAUGGGGAGAAGGUUCUGCCAAAGGACGACAUCGAGUGCCCGGGAGGCUGGAAAUGGGAGGACGUGGAGUGGUCUACUGACCUCAACAGAGCUGUUGAUGAACAAGGCUGGGAGUACGGAUUCACCAUCCCGCCCGACCGUAAGCCCAAGACCUGGUCACCAGCCGAGAAGAUGUACCACACCAACAGGAGGCGCCGAUGGGUGCGGAUGCGGAAGAGGGACUUCAAGCAGAUGGAGGCGUAUCGCAAGACAAAGGUGGAGGACGUGGAGAACGAGGGCUGGGAGUACGCAUCCCUAUUCGGCUGGAGAUUCCACCUGAAGCAGCGGAAGACGGACACGUUCCGAAGGCGGCGUUGGAGGCGUCGGAUGGAGCCACUGGAGAAGGCCGGUCCGUCCGCCGUCUUUGCCCUGGAGGGGGCCCUGGGAGGCAUUCCAGAUGACAAGAGUGAGGAGAAGACCCUUAACCUGGGCGUGAACACCCCGACUGUCUCCUGCAUCUUCGACAGUGGGACGAGAUAUCAUCUGCGAUGUUACAUGUACCAGGCCAGGGAUCUGAUGGCUAUGGACAAGGACAGUUUCUCCGACCCAUACGCCAUCGUCUCGUUCCUGCAUCAGAGCCAGACCACGGUGACCAUCAAAAGCACCUUGAACCCCACCUGGGACCAGACGCUGAUCUUCCACGAGAUAGAGAUCUUCGGUGAGCCCGGGUUCUUCGGCACUAAACCACCGGAUAUUGUGGUUGAACUGUACGACCAUGAUACCUACGGUGCCGAUGAAUUUAUGGGCCGGAGUAUCUGCACACCCUCACUGGAGCGCUCCCCACGACUGGCCUGGUACCCAGUGCUCAGAGGGAACAGGAACGCUGGGGAACUUCUGGCUGCUUUUGAGCUUAUUCCACGGGAGAAGCGGUCGGUCCAUCAUAUUCCUGGCUUGGAGGACCAGUUCAGCACCCUGAAAGAGAUCUGUGUUCCUGACUUCUUCAGCGAGGGUCUGCUGAGAUGGGAGGAUGACACGGAUCUGCCGUACCCGCCUCCACAGCGGGAAUCCGACAUCUACAUGGUGCCUCAGGGCAUCAAGCCUGUCCUGCAGCGAACUGGCAUUGAGGUUCUUGCCUGGGGCUUGCGGAAUCUGAAGAGCUACCAGCUGUCCAGUGUGUCCUCGCCCAGCCUCAUCGUGGAGUGCGGGGGAGAGAUGGUUCAAUCCUGCGUCAUUAAGAACGCCAAGAAGAACCCUAAUUUCAGCACGUCCGUCCUCUUCUUCGAAGUGCGUUUACCGAAGGAGGAGCUGUAUGCUCCACCCAUCAGCAUCAAGGUGAUUGAUAACAGGCAGUUUGGAAGACGGCCGGUCGUGGGCCAGUGCACUAUCAGGUCUCUGGAAGAGUUCUACUGUGACCCAUACACAGAGAAGAAAGAUAUGACACCUCUGCUGGCUGGAACUCGAAGCCCAUCUUUGCGGGAUGACGUGCUGAUUGACAUUGAUGAUAGACAGCCUCUGAUUCCCAGCCAGUUUCCAGGAGGCAUGACCAGCUCAAGCCUGAGUAAAUCCCUUUCCAUGUCCAGUCUCCAUGAAGAUGAGUUUGUUGACUGGUGGAGCAAGUUCUACGCUUCAACAGGAGAGAGACAGAAGUGUGGCACGUACCUGGACAAAGGCUUUGAUACCCUCGAGGUUUACGACACAGAGCUGGAGAAAGUCAAGGACUUUGAAGGGUUAACGGACUUCUGUCGCACCUUCCCGCUGUAUCGUGGGAAGACUGAGGGUGAAGAUGAAGACCCAUCAGUGGUUGGAGAGUUCAAGGGAAGUUUCAAGAUCUACGCUCUACCAGAUGAUCCUUCGCUUCCGUCUCCACCCCGCCAGUUCCACCAGCUACCAGUCAGCGGGCUCCAAGAGUGCCUGGUCAGGGUCUACGUGGUCCGAGCACUGGGGCUGCAACCCAAGGAUUCCAACGGCAAGUGUGAUCCGUAUGUGAAAGUUUCUUUGGGAAAGAAGUCCAUUAACGACCAGGAUAAUUACAUCCCAUGCACUCUCAACCCGGAAUUUGGCAGGGUGUAUGAGCUAACAGGGAUCCUGCCCAUUGAGAAGGAUCUGAAGGUCACCUUGUACGACUAUGACCUCCUGUCAAAGGAUGAGAAGAUUGGGGAGACUGUCAUCGACUUGGAGAAUCGCCUCCUGUCGCAAUAUGGUGCCUGCUGUGGCCUGCCCCAGACUUACUCCAUAUCUGGACCCAACCGAUGGCGAGACCAGCUCACACCGACACAGUGCCUGCACAUCUACGCACAGAGACAUGGUGACAGACUCCCUGUGUACAGGGAUGACAAGAUCUUGUUCAGAGGGCAGGAGUUUCAUCUCUCGGAGUUCGAGGACGGAGUGACCUUAAACGUCCACCUCGGACCGCCCACUGAGAGGCUGGCGCUAAAUGUGCUGCGUAAGCAAGGACUGGUUCCAGAGCACGUGGAAACCAGGUCACUUUACAGCCCGCUGCAGCCCAAUAUCGAGCAGGGUAAGGUCCAGCUGUGGGUCGACAUCUUCCCAAAAUCACUCGGAACCCCAGGACCCCCGUUCAACAUAAAUCCUCGCAAAGCCAAGAGAUUCUAUCUACGCUGCAUUAUAUGGAACACCUAUGACGUGAUCUUGGAUGACCUCAGCAUCACGGGGGAGAAGAUGAGUGAUAUCUACGUGAAAGGGUGGCUUCUGGGCUAUGAGGGUAACAAACAGAAGACAGAUGUUCACUACCGGUCGAUGGGAGGAGAAGGGAACUUCAACUGGAGAUUUGUCUUCCCGUUCGAUUACCUGCCCACUGAGCAAGUCUGUUCCAUUGCCAAAAAGGAACAUUUCUGGAGUCUCGAUAAGACCGAACUCAAAAUCUCUCCACAGCUUAUGAUUCAGAUUUGGGACAAUGAUAAAUUCUCUUUUGAUGAUUAUCUGGGAUCGAUUGAGAUGGAUUUGAACCGGAUGCCCAAACCGGCCAAGACCGCGGAGAAGUGCAGCCUGAUGACGCUGGAGAGCGGCGCACAAGUCUCACUUUUCGAGCAGAAGUCCGUCAAGGGCUGGUGGCCCUGUGUGGCCGAGGCAGAUGGCAAGAAGAUCAUCGCCGGUAAAGUGGAAAUGACACUGGAGAUCGUGACUGAGAAAGAACGUGAGGAACGGCCUGCCGCUCAGGGUCGUGACGAGCCCAACAUGAACCCCAAACUAGAGGAACCAAAGCGGCCAGACACGUCUUUCCUCUGGUUCACUUCGCCCUUCAAGACGGUGAGGUACAUAGUGUGGAGGAGGUUCCGCUGCCUCAUCAUCGGGCUGCUCAUUCUCUUUGUGUUUGUGCUCUUCAUCAUCAUCUUCCUGUACUCCUUCCCGGAAUAUGCUGCUAUGAAGCUGGUGAAGCCGUUUCAGUGAGGCCCUCACGGUGAGGAACCGCUCCAGGUGAGGAUGCUCGUAUCCCCACCAGAAACCUGGCCCACAGGACACAGAAUUGCCUUUGAAUAUUACGCUGCGGCAUUACACGUAGAGCUUGCGGCUGGAUUCCAUAAGUGCCAAGCCCCUUGGUGCCCGCUGCCUUUGCCCACUGCCUGCCCAGCGCCACACCAGAGAUUCGCUCCUGAGAUCCGUGGCUGCUCAGACUUCCUCUGCACCCAAAUCUGCUCUCCCAAACACCCCCCCCCACCCACCUCUCUCACCCUGCUGAGGUUUCGCUGCUCAGCAAGAGAAGAACAGGAUGCAGUAGCUGGAACUGAGCUAGGGCAGGAUGAGACAAGCAAGGUGGCCCCCCCAUCCAACCUUCAUCUUUGAGGACCCUGCGAUUCAGGGUGGUGCCACAGCACCUCUCCACUACCCGAGAAUAACCUAACCUCAGCUGGGCUAAAAUACUGCCCCUCCCCUGCUUCACUGAGCAGGGUGCCAGAGGUGAGCUAGUGUCCUUCAGGAGACGGGAGUGUCUGAAAUGUGGGAACGCAGGAGUCGAGCAACAUCAGAAUCAGGUUUAAUAUCACUGGCAUAUGUUGUGACAUUUGUUGUUUUGCGACAGCAGUAUAUUGCCUUACAUAAUAAUAAAAAUAACAAUAAGAAAUAUAUUUUGAAAAAUAAAUUAAAUAAGUAGUGCAAAAAGAGGCUGAGGGGAGAUCUGACAGAUUUAUAAGAUUGAGAAACAUAGAUAGAGUAGACAGAAAGGAUCUGUUUCAUAGGGUUGUAAUGUCUUAAUACCAGAGGACAUGUAUUGAAGGUGAGGGGGGUAAUUUCAAAGAAGAUGUGGGGGGCAAUUUUUAUUACACAGAGAGUGGUAGUUGCCUGGAAUGCGCUGUCCUAGCUGCAGGUAGAGCCAGGUACAUCGAAGAUGAUUAAACAGGCACAGGAAUGAAAGGAAAAUGGAAGGAUAUGGACAAUGUGUAGGCAGAAGAGAUUACUUUGGUUGGCCAUUUGAUUACUAAUGUAUUUGGUCUGGCACAACAUUGUGGGCCAAAGGGCCUGUCCUUUGCUGCACUAUUCUAUGUUCUAAUAAGCCUCGUUGCCUUAAAUCCUCCUCUUGCCCCUCACCCGUGAGUAUCCCCAACACAAGCAAUGGUGGCUUGGAUAUUGUCGGAUGCCCUGUGUGACAUCCCUCACAACACAUGUCCCCACCAGCCGAGCUCAGGGAAACUGCCUAGUGGAACCCCACUGGAUUCAAUUUCCCAAAAGGACUUUUGUCCGGUGGACCCAGUCCUGCUUUCUGAUUGGCUGGCUGUUGCCUCCACUUUCACACUGGCCCUUAUAUAUUUGCAUCUCAGUCUGUGGAAGGGUUAAUGUGUUGUCAAUGGCAUUGUCCCUCACUGUCAGUGAAUUGAAUUCCACUCCUUGGGGACACUCUGUGGAAAGCACUGAUCAGACCUCUCCUCUUCCCUGGACAAGGUGACUAAAGCUCAGGUAACUCCCAAGAAUGCUCAAACCACUAAUUUUUUUCUACUUUCAGGUAGGUCUGGAGGUUCUGCCUACAGUGAGAUUAGUGGGCUCUGUCACUCUGGGUGUACGGCUCUCCCUCUGUGUGGAGGCCUUGGAAACCACCCUCUGUGCUGGGGCCUGGGAGAUCUCCCUGCACGCUGGGGCCUGGGAAGCCUUCCUCCAUGCUGUGGCUUGGGAGAUCUCCCUGCAUGCUGGGGCCUGGGAAGCCUUCCUCCAUGGUGGGGCCUGCAAGAUCUCCCUCGCUGCUGGGGAAAGGAAGAUACUUCUCUGUGCAGGGCUUUGGAGACCCUCCCUCUACACUGGUGCACUCCCUCUGCAUUGGCAUCUUGGAGACCCUCCCUUGGUGCUGGGGCCUGGGAGAACCUCUCUCUGUAUUAGGAGAACUCCUUCAGGCUGCAGUCUUGGAGAACACUCUAUGCUAGGGCCUUGGAGAGCUCCCUCGACUGUGGCCUGAGGGACCCUUAUUCCUUCUGGGGCCUGAGAUAAACCCACUCCACUCCAGGGCCUAAGGCACCCUCCCUCCACUCAGCAGCCUGGGGGACCCUCUGCAGAGGGGCCUAGGAGAACCAUCCCUCUCUGUGCUAGGGCCUGGAGGAAUUACCCUUCACACUGGAGCCUAAAGGACCCUCCCUUAGCUCUGGGGUCGGGGGAACAUCCCCCCCCCCAACCCUGGGGCCAGGAAGAGCCUUUUUCCACAUUGGGCUUCUUUAUUUCCCUCUGCGCUCUUUCCAAGGCAAAUCCAUCCAAGUAAAAGCAGAGAAUGCUGGAAACACUUAGCACAUCAGUCAGCUUCCACAGAAAGAGAAACUGUUCAGAGACGCUUCUUUAGAGUUUUGAAGUCAUCCAGCACAGAAACUGGCCUGUUGACCACACUGGUCCCUGACAAUCAUGAUUCCCAUCUAAUCUAAUCACAUUGGGUCCUUAUCCUUCUAAAACAGCGGUUCCCAACCUGGGGUCUAUGGGCCCCUUGGUAAUCAUAGGGAUCCAUGGCAUAAAGAAGGUUGGAAGCCCCUGGUCUAAACUUUUCUUAUCCAUGUACUGCCCAAGAGACUUAUAAAUCCUAUUUAUGUAUCUAUUUAUUUAGUGUUACAGGCCCGUGUGGCCCAACAAGCCACACCACCUACUAAACCCCAGUCUAAUCACAGGACAAUUUACAAUGACUAAUUAGCCAACUGACCAGUACAUCUUUGGACUGUGGGAGGAAAUCAGAGCACCUGGAAGAAAGCCGCACAUUCCUGAGGAGGACAUACAAACUCCUUACAGGCAGCGGCAGUACUGAACUCUGAACUCCAACCGUAAUAGCAUCAUGUUAACUAAUACGUUACCGUGGCACCCCAGAUUAUGGUCAUGUGCCCAUCUCAUCCACUCCCUCUGGUGGCUGUCCAUUUACUGACCACUCUCUCGAUAUCCGUAUAAAAAAUAUUGCCCCUCAAGUUCCUAUUGAAUCUCCCGUCUCACCUUUAACUUAUACCCUCAUAUUCCUGAUUCCCUUACCCUGGGAAAAAGACUGAGUGCAUUCUCCCUAUCUAUAGAAUUCUCCUUCUUUCUCAAUGUUAUAGUAAUAUUUAAAGGAGAUGUGGACGAAUUCAUGGAUCUGAAGGGUUUAGAGCAGUAAGGGUGAAACGUAGACAAAUUGGGUUGGCUUAGAUAGCCAGCCACUCUUGGUCAGCAUGGAUUAGAUAGGCCAAAGGGCCCCUUUCUCUGUUGUGUGGCUAUCAAUCUACAAGAGUAUAGAUGGUCAGAUAGGAGAGGCUAAAGAAUCUUAAGCAACAUACUCAAAGUGCUGGAGGAACUCAGCAGGUCAGGCAGCAACCAUGGAUAUGAACAAACUGUUGAUGUUUUGGGCUGAGACCCUUCUUUAGGACUAGGUCGAUGUUUCAGGCAGAAGAAGCCCACCUUCAUGACUGGGUUGACGUUUCAUGCCAAGACCCUACUUCUAGACUGAUUAAUAUCGUCAUUUCCCCGUAGUCCAUCAAAUCCUCCCUUGUUUCUGGCUUCUCAAACAUUUCUGAGUUCAUCUGUCCAACCAUCUUCCUCUGUGUUGGCCUUAUCUCCAGAAGACCCUCCCUAAAUCUCCGGCCCUUCUCCCAUCACCUACAGAAUACCACAAAGCUUGCAUGCUCCAUGUGCCCCAACAUCUGAUCAUGGCGCUGUGCCAGAUGUUGUGUUUGCAAGCACUCCCCAGGAGCACAUUAAGACAUCUCACUAUGUUAAACCUGCUUUCUAAUGCAUUUUGUUGAGUACUUUUGAAUCCCAUGGUUUUCACUUUGAGUUUAUUAUGGCUUUCAAAGUCAAUUAUAUCAGCAGUAAAUGAAACACCAGCCCUCCUCAAACUUUGCUUGAACACUAUUUAGAUUUUCAAGGGAGGGGUGUCUACACUGGGUGGUAAGAUCAGCAAGGGAUGCUGGUCGAUAUGAAGGAAUUACUGUUCUUGUUGUCUUGGCUUUGCCAGAAUAUGAUUCUUGGUAUGUUUGAAUUAAAAUAAAAUAAAUAUAUAUUUUAAACACA